AAAAAAUUAUAUCAUAUUUAUAAAUUUAUGUCUAAAUUUUUUGUUGCAUAAUAAUAGCGCAUAGUAGUAUAAAACUGUAUAAAAAAAAGCUGCUUCCAUAUGCAAAAUUAAUACAAAACAUUCAUUUGUUUAAAAUUUAAUAAUUACAGUCAUAUGUAUGAGUGUAAGAAGUGGAAGAUAGGGAUAAGUAUCCUUUUUAAUAUUCACAAUUAGACAAAAAAAAAUAUAUGAAAUGGUUAAAAAAAUGAAAAAAAAUAUAUCUAAUACAAAGAAAACUGCUAAAAGUAUUAGUGAAAAAAAGUAUUGUCAAAAAAAAAAAUUAACAGAUGAUGAAGAUAAACAUAAACCCGCAAUUGUUAAAAAUAAAAAUUUAAAAUUUAAAGAUAAAUCUACAAAAAAUAAAUUAUCUAAAAAAAUUAGACAAAUAUAUAAGAAUAAAGAAAAUCAUAAUUCUAUUAAUUUUUUAAAUUCUGACAUAAUAAAAGUAAUAGAUACUAAAAAUAAAAAAAAUAAAUUAAUCAAAAAAGUUCAAAAGAAAAAAAAACAUGAAAUUGAUGACAAAAAACAAAAAAAUCUUGAGGACAAAAAUAAAAUUUCUAACCAAAUUGAAAAUAAAAUUAAUAAUAAUAAAUUUAUAAAAAAGACAAAAUCCAAACAUAUACAAUCUGAAAUGAAAGAGCAAAAUAACAAACCAAUAAAAUUAAAUUCAAUGUUACAAAAAAAAAAACUAAAUAAUAAAGUAAUAAAUUUAAGUUCAAUAUUAAAAAAAAAAAUAAAACAAAAUAAGAAUAAAUUUUCAGAUUCUUCAAAAAAAAGUAAUUCUGAAAUAUCUCCUAAGCAACACAAUUUAGAAAAAUUACUUUCUAAAGAUAAUAAACAAGAAGAACGAAAAAAAAGAAAAGUGAAUGAAAAACCACAAUCCUUAAGAGAUAGAAUGAUGACUAAAUUAAAAGCUUCUAGAUUCAGAUAUUUGAAUGAAACACUUUAUAAUAAUGAAAGUUCAGAAUCUAAAAAAUAUUUCAAAAAUGAUCCUGAUGCAUUUAAGGCAUAUCACGAAGGAUAUAAACAGCAAAUCGAACAAUGGCCUUUAAAUCCCCUUGAUGUCAUAAUAUCUUCAAUAAAAAAAAUACCAAAGCAUUAUAUAAUUGCUGAUUUUGGAUGUGGAGAAGCAAGACUUGCUGCUACAGUUCCUCAUAAAGUUCAUUCUUUUGAUUUUAUUUCUUUGAAUAAAAAUGUAACUGUUUGCGAUGUAGCACAUACCCCAUUAUUAACAAGUGGAGUAGAUGUUGUUGUGUUUUGCCUAUCUCUGAUGGGAACCAAUCUUAAAGACUACAUUAUAGAAGCAAAUAGAGUUCUUAAAAAAGAUGGAAUUUUAAAAAUAGCUGAAGUUGAAAGUCGAUUUGAACAUAUAGAAAAUUUUAUAAAAGUAAUAAAUAGUUAUGGUUUCAAAAAUACUUGGAAAGAUUUAUCUCAUAAUUUAUUUUAUUUUUUAGAUUUUAAAAAAGAAAGAGACAUUAAUAAUAAAAAAAAUAAGUUACCUCUUAUAACUUUAAAACCAUGUUUAUAUAAAAAACGUUAGAAAUUAAGUAAUAAUUCAAUAUUCUAAUUUUUAUAUUUUAUU